GGUUUACUAUCGGCCCUGGCCGGCAGCCACACACAAGGCGGCAGGUAUUCGCAUGUGAAAACUGGCCCCCACGCCCUCGCCCGGAUUCCCCGCUGCCUGGCUCGCUGACUCCCGAAGUCUCGCUCGCUUCCCCAGCCGGCAGUUUGACGGCAGCCUCUGCAGUUAGAGGAGCAGCUGGUGUCUCAGCAAAGCAAAGCAAAGGUGCGGACAUAAUGGGAGGGCGCCUGAAGAAGACUUGCAAGAAACUUUAAAAGCAUAGUCAUGAGUGGUCCAUGCUGAUGACUGGUGCUCCCCACAGCUGUAAAAAUGAUAGAGUCACAGCUGUCCUCCCUGACGAGCGAGAUAAAGCCAGACGAUUUCAUUCGACCACAUUACAAGGAGACCUACAGGCUGGCCAUCGAUGCCUUGGUAAGUGGGGGGCAAGAGGCAUACAGAGAGCUCCUCAAGGGGGAGCGCGUUGGCGAGUUCCUCUCCGAGGAUGAGCUCCUGUUCAUCGUGGAGAAUGUGGAGAGGCCAGCCGCCAGUGAUCAGGAGGAGGAUCCAGGCCCCUCAGUGGAAAGCACGCCAUCCAGUGGCACCUACUGGCCCAUUCACUCUGAUCUGGACACCCCAAACCUCGACCUUGGCUGGCCGGACGUUCGGGAGAAGAUACAAACAAACAUCAAUCUUCUCUUUCACCCGCCCCGUCCAAACUGCCCCACCAUCAAAGAGGCAGUUCGUAAACACAUCCAGGAAGCAAGACACGUCAUCGCCAUCGUCAUGGACAUCUUCACAGACGUGGAUAUUUUCAAAGAGGUUGUGGAUGCGUCCAGCAGGGGGGUGGCCGUCUACAUCCUCCUGGAUGAGCGUCAUGUUAAAACCUUCCUGAGGAUGACCGAGAAGCAGGACGUCCACAUCCAAAGGCUGAGGAACAUAAGAGUACGCACCGUGAAGGGCCAGGAGUAUCUCUGCCGCUCAGGAGCCAAGUUCUAUGGAGCAAUGGGAGAGAAAUUCCUGCUGGUCGACUGUCAGACAGUGGUGUAUGGAUCAUACAGCUUCAUGUGGUCCUACGAAAAAAUCAACCUCAGCAUGGUGCAGGUGAUAACAGGGCAGCUGGUGGAGUCGUAUGAUGAGGAGUUCCGGAUGCUUUAUGCUCGUUCCUUAGUGCCGUCGGCCUUCGCCCCCCCAGAGGCUGUGAUGCUCGAAGGCAAGCCGGACGGGGGCAAGCCAUUGGUGAGCUAUGGGGCCAAACAUGGCCAACCCUUUGAGCGGAGAGACCAGCUGAGACACACACUGGACACCGUCUACAUGAAAGCUUGUGGAAGUCAGGCCCGGCUCAAAAACGCUGCAGAUGAUUUAGAUCAAGAACUGCAUGACAAAGGGCUAUUUAACCACCAUGCACCCAACGGCCACAUGAUUCACCAGCGAAUCGCUCAGCUUCAGGCCACAGACCACAACAACUUCCUCAAGAGACACAGUUACGCUGGAGAAAGGAAUGAGACCUCGCAUAUCCCCAACCACUUGAACUAUGGUGUGAGCCAGUGGAACGUAACCAGGGACUGUGGUCAAUUUGGCAUUACAGGGAGAAAUGACUACCUCUCCAGGGCCUUGGAAAACCCUCUGCAGUCACGACUAAACCCGGGGAAUUAUAUCCGGGGUAACAACAUAAGGCAGUCAUACCACGGGCAUGACAAGCAAAUGCUCUCCAUGCAGCAGAACAUGCCGUCCCUGGAGCGAACCAGCAAGUCUUUUCUACGCACCUGGCGGAUAGAGUCCUACCUAAGCAAUGAGGAACCGUCUAUCAAGGAUCCCAGUGACUACCUCGAUUACGAGGGGCUAGACGGCAAGCCCAAUCCCUACAUGCAUUCCCGGCUGAGAUCUUCCCUUGUCUUCAAGUCCACCAUCCCCGAGCAGCCGGAGUCUAACAGCUACACCACUAACUCACAGUCUUCCGGGCUUCAUGGAGAGCAGCCUGGCCCCCUACCCAAUACAAGCUUUCACCCCUCAAGGAUUCUGACCACAAUGGGGAACCGAGCGAUGCCCAACGACUUCAUUAUGAAGAGGCGGAGCAUUCAGAUCCUAGAUGAUUCAAGGCAUAACAUGUACAAUGGAAGCAAUAAUCCUAAUUUUUCCAGCCUUGGUAGAGGCAAAGUAGGCAUGACUGUCACAAACCCAGAGCUUUUCCAAGAAGAAAGAUACAAGAGGUAUAGCUUAGCUGACCCAAGGUGCAACACCAAUUACAUGAUCAGCAAAGAGCCAUCCAGUCAUUUCUUUGGCACAUAUGGAAGUGGACAGGGCAUCACAGGUGAGCUCGCAGAUUUUAAUAGGACUGAGCAGUACUCAUCGAACAGCAUUAAGGAAGACCAGCGGUCUGUCUCGCAUCAUGACGUCAAGAAGGUCAGUGAGAACAAGAACCCUUCAGCCUUCAACCCACCCUCCUCCAGAACAUCAUCGGCCACAGCACUUAGUGCAAGCAGCCAUGAGCCCUCAGUCAAAGCCUCCAACACUCCCAGCUCUCCCAGCUCUCCCAGGUUCUUAAAAAAAAAGAUUAUUUCGCUUCUCAACAAGCCAGAGAAGGAGACCAAGACAUGUGGCGGGUCACCUGAAGAUGAGGGGAGGAAACUGGGCAAAAAGAAGGGCAGCACAACAAGCUCGGUGAGCAGCCAACAAAAAGGAAAUGGAGGACUUUUCAUAAGAGAAAACCACUUCCUGGGUGACGGGGGCACGUCCUCAGCACCCCGCUUCAGCACCGAGGAGCUCUCUCAGGACUGCAUGCCUUCCGGAGCUUCCACAAACCGGCAGGUGGCACCAGCCUCGAGACCAACCCAGGUCCUCGAUGCCCGCCAGAGAGAUCAGAAAGUGGACAGGAGACUGUACAGCCGAUUCGAGCCGUUCUGCUCGUUUGAGAAGAAGGCAGAGAAGGGCUCAUCAGGUGCCGCACACCUUCACGGCCUGGAGGCACGGAAGAGCUUGCCAAGUCAGAACUCUAGGGGGCUCUUUACAAGUGAACAUAGCACCACAUCAAGGAAUCAGGUGCCAGGUCACCAUGAAAAUAAGUUUGGCAGAUUCAUACAGCGGGUGGGAAACUUUAUUCACAAAAAUAAAUAAAGAAAAGCAGUAGAUGGGGUUGGGUUGUAACAUUAUGCAAAUGGUAUCAAAUUGUUUUACGGUUCAAUUGCAUCAGUUACUGGUAUAAGAUAUUGAGAAAAAUCAGGGAAAACUCUGGGGUCUAUUCAGAAAGGACAUAAUCUAUCUUCUCCCUUUACAGACUGCAGGUGGAUGUAAUACACUGCAAUGUGCAAUAUGUCUGUUACAUGUCCAUGACGACAAUGCAUUGUUCAAACAUUUCUACAUAGCUAGUUUUAACAGUUACCGUCAUUACUUUUUGAAAUACAUAAAAUAUUUUUUGGCUUGUU